AUGGCUGUUGAAACGUCUUUCAGCAGAGCUCGUGAGCAUCCUCGAUGGCGCACGCUCGUCGGCUCCUCCGACAAACCUCAACCAGCGCAGCAACAUCGUCAACAGCGCCGUCAGCAACUUAAGCAGCAUUUUGGCAUCUCGAGCACCGCCAUCUCAGGCGCAUUAUCCGACCGUGCCGCUCACGACGUCAAGGGCAAGUCCAAGGCGCGACCGUCCAUCAUCCCUUCAACGUUGGGUCCAAACUACAGCGCCUCGGAGCACACGCUUCGCAAUGACUACUCGCAGCAUUUCGUCGACACCUCUGCUGGUCUGCUUCCCGGUAACGCCGUUCGCAACCCUUCCUCCAGCACCCGCUUCGAUGAGUACCCAAAGUUGAAACGACUUGUACAGCUCAAAGAUGCUCUCGUGGCCCGAGUUGCUCAUCCUCCCACAUACCUUAGGGUUGACUUACGGCCUUCCCUAGAACCAUUCCGCGAUCCAUCUCGGUCUACAGCGACUUUUCACCUCGGCAGCCUCAUCCCUGUCAAGUAUGAUGUCGUGCUCAUUGAUCCUCCACUAGAAGCUUACGAGUGGGAAGCUUAUGCCUCUGCAUCCACGUCCGCCUCGACUGGCGCUCAGGCUUCGACAUGGUCAUGGGAAGAGAUUGCUGCGCUACCAGUACCUCAACUUGCCGCGAAAGAGAGCUUCGUCUUCCUCUGGGUCGGCUCUGGUGCAGGAGAUGGGCUGGAGCGCGGCAGAGAGGUGCUCGCAAAGUGGGGCUACAGAAGAUGCGAAGACAUAGUGUGUAUCCGCACCAACCCUCAGACGGGUAGCGAUGCUGGUGGCAGCAGCAGCGAGCAGCCAUCGACGAGCUCGGCCUUCACUCGCUCUAGCCAGCAUUGCUUGAUGGGUAUUCGAGGCACAGUUCGUCGCUCAACAGACACCCGCUUCGUACAUUGCAACAUUGACACUGACGUUAUGCUAUGGCCAGGCCCUGACGACGAACAGCCGGCGGCACAUCUUGACACCGCUGGGCCGCGGCGAAAAUUACCCGACAUGACGAGCAAGCCACCGGAACUCUACUCGAUCAUCGAAAAUUUCUGCCUCGGCACUCGAAGGCUAGAGCUCUUUGGUCGGAACAGCAACCUGCGUCGGGGCUGGCUCACCAUCGGCCUCGAACUUGGACCCGACGCGCCUCGAUGGCCCGAGGAUGGCAAAGUGGAGCUUCCGAGUGCAGGCCUCCCCGUGCUGCAGGAGGAGGCUGCGGUUGACCAAGGGUUGCGGAUGUAUCUGGAUGCGUUGCGAACACCGAGGGUGUACGAGAAGAUAGAGUAUGACAGCAACUUUGGCGUGGAUCGACCCGGAUGUGAUUUGCGUGAUCGAUCGAACCUGGUACCCUACGUUGAGGAGGUGGACCAAUUGAGGCCUAAGUCCCCGCCUCCUCGUGGCGCUCCCGGUACUGGCGGGAACGGGAACAGCAUCAACUCAACGAGAUACAGAGAAGCACCGCAGCAGCUCUCAGCACAAGGUCCCAUGGCGAUGCCAAACGGCCUUAGCAGCAAUCCCGCACUUCGCAGCUCGCGGCAAGCUUCACCUUCCCAUCCUGCAGCACUUCCACUUGGGUUGGACUGCGCAAAUCCAUCUUCUUCGCUGCUCACUUCUGGUCUGCCUCCACGAGCACCCGUAGCCGGAGGAGCUGGUUUCUCAGGACUAGGAGCAGGUGGAGCGAGAACAGUCAGCGUACCCAGUGGGAGCGAAACGCUGAGCGGACCGCAGGCUAGCGUGCUCAAGGCCAAGGCGAUCGCUGAAGCAAAUGUUGCAGCCUACUUCUCAGCGAGUGCCGCCGCUGACAAGGUGGACGAUGCACCUGUCGCUGGCUGA